AUGUCUGUUUUUCCAUUAUUUUCCGACCCAUUUUUCUCUGAGCCAUUCGGAUUUGGGAGCACUCCCAGUUCCUGCAGCAUUAGCAUGGACUGGAAGGAAACACCAGAAGCCCAUCUCUUUAAGUUUGAUCUUCCGGGUGUUGCUAAAGAAGAUGUAAAACUUCAGGUUCAUGAUGACAGAGUGCUCCACAUAAGCGCAGAAAGAAAAGACGAGGAUCAUAGUGAAAAGGAUGAUUAUAAGUGGCACUGCAGAGAGCGAUUUGAUUCUGGGAAUUUCUUUAGAGAGUUUAGAUUACCAGAAAAUGCAUUUGUUAAUGAAAUAAAGGCUUCCAUGAGCGAUGGAGUGCUCGUGGUGACGGUGCCUAAAGACCAGCACAAGAAGAAGAAGAAGAAGCCCAUGCAUAAGGCUGUGGAAAUUGCCGGUGAAGGAGAAAACGAUGGCUCUGCUAAAGGAAUUGGGCGAUUUGUUUGCUUCAAAGCUUGA